AAAAUUGUGUAUGUAAAGAUAUUAAGGUACUAGGUUGCGAAUUUUACCCUGGAUUUAAUUGUCAAGAUGGCGGAUGGCGUGGACAUCGACUUGUACGCCGACGAUGUUGAUCAGGAAUUUAGCCAGGAGGCAGAGCAGUACAACUCAAGCUCAGGCGGUGUGGACCUCUAUGAUGAUGUCAUAACAGCACCUUCAGAUGGCGGUGGCGGUAAGCCUCAAAAUGUGUCUGGGGGUGGCGAUGCUUCUAAAGCUCGUCGUCAUUCCAGUGAUCAGCAUAACUCCAAUCAGCCGUCCUACUCGGGCAAGAGAGUCUCCCUCUAUGUUGGCAAUCUUACAUGGUGGACCACGGACAUGGACCUGAAGCAGGCCGUCAAUGAGCUGGGUGUGAAGGACCUGCAUGAAAUCAAGUUCUUUGAGAAUCGAGCCAAUGGCCAAUCCAAGGGGUUUGCAGCUGUACAUGUGAGCUCAGACAACUCAUACAGGCUCCUCAUGCACAACCUAGGAAAGAAAGAAAUUCAUGGCCAGCUUCCAAUGGUCACUCAGUACAAUAAACAGAACUUUGGCCAGUUUGACCAAGCUUCUAAGAAAGCACAAGAUAGCAGAGAACAGCGUCCAGAAGGCAGACCUAACAACCCAGGCCGAGAAGAACGCUUCAACCAACAUAACAACAACUGGAGAGGUGGCGCCCAAGGUGGACAAGGCGACGGUAGAGACAACCGUGAUAAUCGUGAUAAUCGUGAUAAUCGCGACAAUCGCGAUUUCCGCAACCGCGAUGACCGUUUCCAAGAUAGACGUGGUGGAAACUCUUUUGGAGGCCCUCCUAACAACCAGGGCCCGCCUCCUCCAAGAUUCCAGAACCAGGGCCCACCUCAAGGACCGCCCCAUAUGAAUCAGGGACCACCUCCUAUGAACCAGGGACCACCUCCUAUGAACCAGGGACCGCCUCCCAUGAACCAGGGACCGCCUCCCAUGAACCAAGGACCGCCUCCCAUGAACCAAGGACCACCUCCAAUGAACCAAGGACCUCCCAUGAACCAAGGACCUCCAAUGAACCAAGGACCUCCGAUGAAUCAGGGACCGCCUCCGAUGAAUCAGGGACCGCCUCCGAUGAAUCAAGGACCGCCUCCAAUGAAUCAAGGACCGCCUCCAAUGAAUCAGGGACCGCCCCCACCCAUGAAUCAAGGUCCUCCACCUAUGAACCAGGGUCCACAAGGUCCCCCACGGCAAGGACCACAUCCUCAAGGUCCACCACCACCCCGAGGUAUGCCUCCACCCAACCAAGGUCCUCCUCCAAUGCAGGGACCGCCCCGCCCAGGGGGACCUCCACCGCGCGGCCCUCCUCCAGGGAUGCCUCCUCCAGGUAUGCAAGGACCUCCCCGUGGCCCACCACUACCAGGGGGUCCUAGAGGCCCCCCUCCACCAGGCAUGCGUGGACCACCUCCCCCCAACAUGGAUAAAGGACCCCCUCCUAUGGGUCCACCAGGUGGACCUCCACGCAUGCAGGGCCCUCCCCCACCCCACCCAGGUGGCCCGCCUCCACAUCAUGGUGGCCCUCCCCCACCCCAUCAAGGCCCACCUCAACAUCAUGGAGGUCCUCCCCCUCCCCAUCAAGGCCCGCCCCCACGUGGCCCCCCUCCUGGACCCGCUCCCAGACCAGGAGGACCCCCACCACCUCACAUGAGUGGUCCACCUCUCCCCAUGCCAGGCCCAGGUGGACCUCCUCCAAACAGAGGCCCGCCUCCUCCCAUGCAGGGACCACCCCCUCCAAUGCAAGGACCGCCUCCAAAUCAAAACAUGAUGCAGGGGCCUCCAAGAGGACCUCUUCCCCCGCAAGGGGUCCCUCCCCCAGGCCGGCCUCAAGUCUCUGGUCCUCCUCCAAACAUGGGCCCGCCCCCCAACAUGGGACCACCUCCUAUGCAGGCUCCGCCCCAAAACAUGGCACCUCCUCAAAUGCAGGCUCCACCCCAAAACAUGGCACCUCCCCCUCAAAACAUGCAAGGACCUCCUCAAAACAUGCAGGGACCUCCUCAAAACAUGCAGGGACCUCCUCAAAACAUGCAAGGACCUCCUCCUAAUAUGAACAGGCCUCCUCUCCCACAUAACAUGGGCGGCCAUCCACCCCAAAGCAUGAGUGGCCCUCCACCCAAUAUGGGGGCCCCGCCUCUAAAUAUGGGAGGACCGCCUCCUGUGGCACCUGUCCCCCAGCAGCAUCAUGUACAGCAGACAAUGCCCCAGCCUCAACAGGUGCAAGCUCCUGUUUCUGUAGCGCCCCCAGCGCCCCAUGUAAACCCUGCCUUCUUCACUGGUCAGCCGCAGGUACAACAGCAGCAACCCCAGCAAGCACCUCCCCAGCAAGACAGAACGAUGUAUGACCAGUCAAGGCAGCAGACCUAUACACAGCAAGAAUACAGAGCUCCAUCAGAACCAGACAGGCAACCCUCUCCGGCCCCUCAGUUGGGCGAGGCCGAGUUUGAAGAGAUCAUGAACAGGAAUCGUAACGUAUCGUCUAGCGCCAUCGCUAGGGCCGUCAACGAUGCAUCAUCAGGUGCCUUCACCAGUGCUAUAGACACAUUGGAGACGGCCAUCUCACUCAUCAAAAGGUCAAAGGUUGCUAACGAUGACCGUUGCAAGCUUCUUAUUAGCUCUCUUCAGGAUUGCCUGCAUGGAAUCGAGACCAAGUCCUACGGAGGAUCAUCAGGUUCAAGCAGCUCGCGGUCACGCAAGGACCGAGGAUCGCGAGAGCGUGACCCUGAGAACCGUCACAGGUCACGUGAAUCUCGCAGCUCCAGGCAUAAACGUGAGAGAUCUCGCAGUCGGGACAGAGAAUACCGGGAGAGGAGCAGAGAGAGAGAGUACAGCGACAGGGAGCGUGGGGAUCGUCAUCGGGACCGGGAUCGGGACCGUGAUAGGGAGUACCGAAGACGUUAGUGCUCGCUACGAGAGGAGUCGUUUAAUUUGUGUUCUUAGGUGUGUGUUCUGCCACCUAGCUUUGGCCAAGUAAUCGCUUUUGUUACAUAGCAGCCUGCUGUAUAAAUGCUGAUGGUCACGACAUGUAAGGAUUAACUGUAGAAACAUUUUUGGGACCUAAAACUGAUGUUUAAAGCAGGUGGAAGCUUUGAUUGUGACUGUAAAUAAGAACAGGGAGGGUUUUUGUUUUGUAUGAUCUUCAGGUCAGACAUUCAAGUACAGGUAAAAGUUAGCCAUUUGGUGACAAAUCAAAGAAUGGAUGAAAAAUCUAAAGGGUUUCAAUUGUAUGACGUCACAUGACAUCUGGAGGAACGCCACUGAGCACUUUGCAUCGUGGGACAUGAAUCUUCAGGAGUUCAAGCUUCAAGGUUUUUGGACAUCAUCAUCAUCAUCAUCUCUGCUGGCUUCACCAGUUCACCAGCAAGAAUCGUCUCGCCAUCUCAAGCAAGCACAUUAUAGCAUCAUCCAGCGCCCAGCGGAACAUCUCAUCAACAGCGCCGCCGCACGCCCAACAAACCCUCAAGUCAAGUCCACAAGAAGCUUGGAGCUAGCUACAUUGCAAACCCCUUGCGGCCUCACCUCUACACCAUGACAUACAAGUCCUCAACUCCAAACUGCUGACGGAGGCAAGUUAUUUGUAUGUGUCUUUGUGUCCAGUUGUACUUUUGAAAUUUGACAAUGUAGUGCUUACAUAAUUCUUAUAACUGUUGUUGACAGAGGCCUCCUUGACAUACCCAUACUCUGCCCUCAUUCUGCUCUGAGGCAAUCUAUGUGGACUCAAGCAAUUGAACUUUGAAAUGUAAAUACCAACCCAGCUUUUUUGUCUAUGAUUAGUUUUCUCUCUGUGGCUGUAAAAUUGCUCCAUCAGCAUAAAUACUAGUGUUAUUGAUUUUAAGAGGAACCUUUGAUCCUACUCUACCUGUUUAAGAGAUUGAUACCGGGGUCCACGAUAGUCACCCACUGGCGCCAUUGGCCAUAUCUUACAGAGCAUAACAUGUUGACUUGUACCAGGUGUAGUUUUGGAUGACAGGUGUUUUUUGUGAGAUGAAAAGCCUUUGUGAUGUUUUCAGUAAACAUUGAACAUGCCUGUGUUAUUCCAUAAUCCAUAUUGAGCCUGGCAUUGCAUCUAGUCAGAGCUUUUGCCCCCAAUGACCUACAUUGUAAAGUGAAACCCAUGCUAGUUGCAUUAGAGAGAACCAGUUUGAAGCAGAUUGGAUUCAAUAUUGACCUGCUUCUUUUCCGCUCCUUUCAACUGUAAAGGGUGAUUUAUCAGAGGAACCAAAAAUAACCCAUGUUUGCAUUCUAUUGGCCUCAAGUUAUUACCAUCGAGUCAAUCAAUAUUGGAAUUGCACUUAAUUACAAAUGCUAGUCCUGUCAAAUGUUCUUUUGAUUUCUAAAUCUCACCAUUUUCAUUUUAUGAAUUGUGAUACUAGCAUUAAUUAUAUUACACACUCACCUGAAUGUAAAAUUUUUUAAAUAGUUUUUUUGUGAUGUCUUUAUUGUCGCUGAUGAUUUACAUGUCCAUCAAUAUUUUUACUAGAUGUAUACAAUUUGUCACUAAAUGUAAGUUGGUAAUCUACAAAGCAUAACUUCUUUUUACAAAACUUAUUUACGAAAUGCUUGUAACCUGCAUUUGUUCAUUAUCUUGAAAGGUGCACUGUAUAAGAGGAAGAUGUAAAUAUUGCAUUCUCUUUCACUUCUCUCCAUUCUAAACUCACUUUCUUAAUACAUAUUUAUGAUCUGUUUCUUCUCUUGUUUCUAUUUCCUCUCGGUGUCCUUAUUUUCUGUAUAUCUCUGUUUUCUUGGAUGGAUUUUUCUAUGUCUUACUGAGCAUUUGGAGCUAGUAGAUGUAUCCAAAUAAUUCUUCAAGCUUUAGUUGGGAAAACAUCAAUCAUUUUGCUGCUUGAUGAAUGUAUAACAAUGUUGUAAAGUGGAUAUAAAUGUUCUUUAUAAUGCUGACCCUAACCACACUCUCCUUCUCUUUUUUCCUUCUCUUUAGCAGGAUCCUGAGGAACCUAGCUUGCUAAUGUUCACAUAAAUGAGACCUGGCAAUCAAUUUCCCAGCUCUCUAACUUUUCUCAUUUUCAAAUAAUGUAUACGGAAGCCUUCAGAGAUACUUUCCUUUAACAAAAAGAAUUAAAAUAUUGGAUAAGGAUAAUCAUGCUAAUCGUGAUUUUUGUUUUCUUCUUUAAAAAAAUGGUUAUGUUUUAUGAAACUUCGACAUAACUAAACUACUCCUAGACACCUCAGAUUUUGAUAUACAUUUUUAAGAAAACAAAUUGUAGGUUACAAAAGGAAAUGAAAAUUUCAGUUUUAAAUUACCCCAUAAAAUUACCCCAUAAAAUUACCCAGGCCAUACAUUAUUUUGUAUAAGUUUUGUAUUGAUGAUAAUCAAAUAAAUUCCCUUCAUUGUCAUAUUAUCGACUCCAUUUAAUGUUUCCAAUUACUAAGUAUUAAAUGUAUCUUGUUAUUUUUAUAAAGUCACUUGGCUGUAUUGAAUAAAUGUUUCACUUUUAUCCUAAA